AUGCAAGCUCAAACGACAAAUGCUGGUAAUGAGCCCAAGCCAAUCGACACCACAGGGCUUUGCCUGUUAUCGCUGGACGGGGGUGGUGUACGGGGCUUGUCGACGCUCUUCAUCUUGAAGACAAUCAUGGACAGAUUAAAUCGUGAACGCUGUGAUGCUAAGCUUCCUUCUGUGAAGCCGUGCGAAGUCUUCGAUCUUAUCGGUGGAACGAGCACAGGCGGGCUUAUCGCCAUCAUGCUGGGUCGUCUUGAAAUGGACGUGGAUGAAUGCAUUUCAGCAUACAUUGAACUCACGAAGGUUAUAUUUGAGGAGAAACUGAAUUUGCUGCCUUUUGGCGGUGCACUAAAAAUGAGGUCCCGAUUCGACUCAGGGAAGCUCAAGGACGCGAUCAUGGAUAUUACCGCUCGUCACGGAGUUAGUGGGACAGAACCCUUCAAUGAUGGGCGCGAGCGUGGAACCAAAGUUUUCGUAUGUGCUACAGCCAAAGAAACAUCUGGGGUGACGCGAAUUCGAAGUUAUAGUUUAGCAGAGGAACCUGACAUACCGGCGACCAUCUGCGAGGCUGCCCUUGCAACAUCAGCCGCGACGAGUUUUUUUACUCCCGUGCUAAUCGGAUCACGCAGAUUUGUAGAUGGUGCGUUGGGUGCGAACAAUCCAGUGGACGAAGUGGAAGGGGAGGCUUCAAAUAUCUGGUGUCCAGACACAGGAGAUUUGAAACCCCUCGUCAAGUGCUUUAUCUCGAUUGGAACAGGCAAUCCCGGCAAACGAGCGAUUGAAGACAAUCUUUUCAAGUUUUUCUCUAAAACGCUUGUGGCAAUUUCCAAAGAGACAGAAGAAACCGAGCGGAAGUUCAUUGCCAGAUGGGCUGGACAUUUCGACCAAAAGCGUUUCUUCCGCUUCAAUGUGGAGCAAGGACUGCAAAAUGUUGGUCUCACUGAAUAUAAGGAACAAGGCCUGAUCGAGGCAGCCACACACGAGUACAUAGCACACCAGAAUCAAAGAUUCCGGGUGCGAGACUGCGUACAAAAUUUGAGGCAGAAGCAAUAUGCCACCGAGAUCCGGUUCGGCAAGGUCAUUCGCGAAUAUGAACACUUGAUAUUGCUAAAAACAUACAGCCCUGGUGUCUUUAGAAACAUUCCUUUCCCGAGGAACCAAGGUUUUGUUGGCCGGGAUGAACAGCUUGAUAAGCUUGAAGAGAUGCUUUUCUCACCUAGCCGCCAACACAAGGUUGCCAUCACCGGCCUUGGCGGUGUUGGCAAAACACAGGUUGCACUCGAAAUUGCUUAUCGAAUGCAGGAGACGCGACCAGAAUGUUCGAUUUUCUGGAUCCCGGCCACGAACUUGGAAGCUCUCGAACAAGCAUGUUUGAAGAUUGCCGAACAGCUAGCAUUGCCAGGACUUGAGGAGGAGCGAGCUGACGCCAGAAAACUCCUCAAAGACUACCUAUGCGACGGUAACGCUGGCCAAUGGUUGCUCAUAUUCGAUAACGCGGAUGACAUAAGCAUGUGGUUUGGGCAGGCAGAAGCCAACACUGACACUGAGCCAUGCAGCCUGAGCGAAUAUAUUCCAUGGAGCAAAACAGGUACUGUGCUCUUCACUACACGUUUCGGGAAAAUCGCGGCAAAGCUCGCAAAGCAAAAUGUGAUUGAAAUUCCAGCAAUGGACGAGGCACAAGCGACAAAGCUUCUCUCCGAACGCUUGGGCGAUAAGUCUCUUCUACACCAAAAAGAGGAAGUUGUGCUCCUUCUUAAGGAGCUUGUCUACUUACCUUUGGCGAUUGUGCAGGCUGCUUCUUAUAUGAAUGAGAACUGUGUGAGUUCCAUUGCGGACUAUCGAUCGCUGUUGUCAGGACAGGAGGACGGGGUAAUUGAUCUUUUGAGCGAAGGUUUUGAGGACGACUGGCGAACACAUCACAAUACAAACCCGGUGGCCACAACAUGGCUUAUUUCCUUCGAGCAAAUCCAACGGACUCAACCUUUUGCUGCUGAUAUACUGUGCUUCAUGGCUUCUAUAGAGCCAGCAGAUAUCCCGCAGUCUAUUCUACCGCCAGCACCAACACGUAAAGCAUGGACAGAAGCGAUCGGGACGCUGAGAGGGUAUGCCUUUGUGAGCAGACGGUCCGCUGCUCAGUCUUUCGACCUCCACCGACUUGUUCACCUUGCGACGCGUAACUGGUUGAGAAAGAAUGCAACUCUGUCAAAAUGGACAAUCACGGCACUGACUAGACUGGAAGCGAUAUUUCCCAGUGAUGAGCAUACGAACAGAGACAUAUGGAACGAAUAUCUACCGCAUGUGAUAAGCCUUCUAGAAAGGGAAGAAGUCAAAAACGCGAAAGUCGAAAUUGAAAGUACGAGGUACGACCUAAUUUUCAAACUUUCAAUGUGCCUUUUACUGGAUGGCCGGGUGACGGAGGCCGUCCGUUAUCUUGAAGAACAUUAUGAUUGGCACAAGAGACAAUUUGAUGAGUCGCACCCCUCUCGAUUGGUGUCUCAGCAUGAGCUCGCCGGUGCAUAUCAAGCAAAUGGACAGAUCGCUCAGGCAGUGGAUCUACUUGAGCAUGUGGUUAUGGUAGAGGGGAAAACUCUUGCCGAAGAGGACCCUGAUCGACUGGCAUCUCAGCAUGCACUUGGGCGUGCUUAUCAAGCAAAUGGGCAGAUUGCGCUGGCAGUGGACCUACUUAAGCAUGUGGUUAAAGUAAAAGAAAGAACUUUUACUAAAGAGCACCCCUCUCAGCUAGCAUCCCUACUAGCAUCUCAACAUGCACUCGCGCAUGCAUAUAGAGCUAAUGGGCAGAUCACCCAGGCAGUGGAGCUACUUGAGCAUGUGGUUGCAAUGCGUGAUAGAACUCUUGCUGAAGAACACCCUGAUCGACUGACCUCUCAGCAUGAGCUUGCUAGUGCAUAUCAAGCUAAUGGGCAGAUUACGCAGGCAGUGGAGCUACUUGAGCAUGUCGUCAUGGUAGAGGGGAGAACCCUUGCCAAAGAGCACCCUGAUCGACUGGCAUCUCAGUGUGCACUUGCUAGUGCAUAUGAAGAAAAUGGGCAGACCACGCAGGCAGUGGAACUGCUUGAGCAUGUGGUUGCAAUGCAGGAUUGGACGACCCUUGCUGAGGAACACCCAUCCCGACUGGGAUUUCAGUAUGCACUUGCGCGUGCAUAUCGAGCAAACGGGCAAACCACGCAGGCAGUGGAGCUACUUGAGCAUGUGGUUAUGGUAGAGGGGAGAACCCUUGCUGAAGAGCACCCCUCUCGACUAGCAUCUCAGCAUGAGCUUGCUAUUGCAUAUCAAGCUACAGGGCAGAUCACGCAAGCUAUGGAGCUUCUUGAGCAUGUGGUUAUGGUAGAGGGAAGAACCCUUGCUGAAGAGCACCCAUCUCGACUAGCAUCUCAGCAUGCACUUGCUACUGUGUAUCAAGCCAAUGGGCAGAUCAAACAGGCAGUAGAGCUACUCGAGUAUGUGGUUAUGGUAGAGGGAAGAACCCUUGCUGAAGAGCACCCCUCUCUACUAGCAUCCGAGCAUGCACUUGCUAGUGCAUAUCAAGCCAAUGGGCAGAUCAACCAGGCAGUAGAGCUACUUGAGCAUGUGGUUAUGGUAGAGGGGAGAACCCUUGCUGAAGAGCACCCCUCUCGAGUGGCCUCGCAGCGCGCACUCACAGAGCUGCUCCUGCAAGUGUCUCCGCGGUCGGCUACAUCUAACUCUCUUUUCGGACUUUCAACCACUUUCAGCCGUCUAUACAUUGGCAGUCUUUCGACUUUUUGGCGCGUUGUGCGGUAUGUUUUUGGCCCAGGAUAG